CUUCAUCAUAUCUCUUCCGAGGAAAGCUCUCAGAAAUUUGAACCUCAACAACUCUCUUUUUCACAUUUCAAGGUUCUAGUUUUAUAGGUCUCCUUCAUUCGCAGAGCCAUUAAAAGAUCUUUGAAAGCUCAGUGAGUAGUUGCGGCCCCAUUCUAUCCUUUGAAAGUCUAUUGAAACAUGGAGAGUUUCACUAGUGGAUCAUCAUCAUCAUCAUUGUCAUCGUCAUCAAGGCCAAACCGUGUUUAUCUGAGUUUCAAAGGAGAUGACAGAACUUGCGGAUUCAUAGAUAGGCUUUGGGCUGCUCUUGAAAGUGAUGAUUUGAAAACCUUUUGGGAUGACAAGAAGCUUGACCCGUGUGAUUCCAUCUCUCUCCCGCCUCACUUUCUCAAAGCUAUUCAGCAAUCCAACAUUUCCAUUGUUGUCUUCUCCAAAAACUAUGCUUCUUCUAUAUGGUGCCUUCUGGAACUCUCCGAGAUUGCUGCACGUGUCCAUGAACCGCGACAUACAGUUUUUCCAAUUUUUUAUGAUGUAGAUCCAUCUGAUGUACAGAAUCAGAGUAAUUCUUUUGAAAAAGCUUUCGCCGAACAUGAAAAAAGAUUCAGUGAAAAUUUAAGCAAUGUCCACAAUUGGAGGUUAGCAAUGAAACGAGUUGCCCAUCGGCCUGGUUGGUACACACCACACAACCCAUGGCAACAAACUAUUGAUGACAUUGUUAGAGAAGUGAAGAAAAAAAUGCGAGAAUUAGUUCAUGUUGAUGUUGACAUGGUGGGGAUGCAAUCUCGAGCCCAAGAAGUAAGAAAGCUUUUAGAAUUGGGUGUGAAUGAUGGGGUUCGAGUUGUGGGCAUUUGUGGUAUGGGUGGGAUUGGGAAGACAACUCUUUCCAGAGUUGUGUAUGAUAUGAUCUCUCCCAUUUUUUAUGCUUCUCAUUUCAUAUUCAAUGGGAAUGAUUUUGUUAAGAGCACUAGUCUGCUACCUGGGGAGAAUAUUCUCCUAGUUCUUGAUGAUAUUAAUAUUUAUGAUCUUAAACUAAUAAUUCAGAUUAUAGAUGAUAACUGGUUAGGCAAAGGGAGUAGAAUCAUCAUAACAACCAGAGAUGAAGGAGUCCUAAAGGGUUUUAAGAUGCAUCAUAUUUAUAGGGUUAAACCAUUGACUAAGGAUGAAGCUCGUCAAUUACUCUAUAGAAAAGCUUUGAGAAGUGAUUUUCAUGUAAGGGCUUAUGAAGAGCAAAUAAAUGGCAUACUUGAAUAUGCUAAUGGACUUCCCUUAGCAAUCGUAGAAUUUGCCUGCUUCUUACACAGUAGAAGAACUUCAGAAUGGAGCGCUAGUGCCUUCGUUGAAUUCAAAGAGGUUGUUAACUUUGUGAUAAUGAAGGCCCUCAAAAAAAGUUUUCUAGAAUUGAGCUCUGAUUCUCAAGAAACUUUUUUAGACAUUUCAUGUUUUUUCAUAGGGAAAGAGAUUGACUAUGUAGAAGGAAUUUUAAGGUGUUAUAGAUAUUGGGGAGUGGAUAUACAGCUAUUGAUUGAGAAAUCACUUAUGACUGUUAUAGAUCAAAAAAUACAAAUGCAUGGUCUAAUGCAAGAAAUGGGAAGAGAAAUUGUGCAGCAACAAUCCCCUUCUAGGCCAGAAGAGUGGGAUAGACUGUGGGAUUUUGAUGAUGUUGAUCGUGUUAUGCAAAAUGACAAGGUUAGUCCCAAAGUUAAAGCUAUAGUCUUGGAUCUAGAAGAUUCACAAGGAAGAACAUUAAAUGCUGAAGCUUUAUCACGCAUGAGCAAUCUUAGGCUGCUCAUAUUUCGUAACGUGAAAUUUACUGGGGUCCUAACAGGUCUUUCAGAAAAGCUCACGUAUCUUUCAUGGCACCAAUAUCCUUUCACCUCUUUACCUUCAAGGUAUAAUCCGUUUAUCCUUGGGGAAUUGAAUUUGACUGAUAGCUGCAUCACAAGUAUAUGGGAUAGCUGCAUCACAAGUGAAUGGGAUAGCUGCAUCACGAGCGAAGGGGACAGCUGGGACUGGGAUAGAUGCCGAGAAAAAAGGAUAUGUGCCAAGUGUUUAUGUGUGAAGUUUCUAAUCAAAAACUGUGUCCGCCACCGGCGGCAACGAGAAAAGGUUUUCCGAUAUUUGAGAAACAUGAAUCUCAGUGGCUCCAAAGAUCUAACCGAGAUGCCAAGUUUCUUUAAAUUUCCAAGUCUUGAGAGGCUAGACCUUGAACGAUGCAUUAAAUUAUCACAGCUUCAUGCAUCCAUUGCUGAUCGUUCAGAGAUCAAGUUCUUAAAUUUGAGAAAUUGCAUUAAUCUUGUUAGUAUUCCCAACAAUUUAUUUUCUCUACCUUCUUUAGAAAUGUUAAAUUUAGCUGGAUGUUCCAAAUUUGCCAAUUGUAUUAACUUCUCUUCUUUUGAGGAGGAGGAUGGUGAGAGAGAAACUACUUGUAAAUUAUUUUCUCGAAAGAGAGACAGAAGCUAUGUAAAAACAAAUCUAUUUAAGUGCACUAUUUGUUAAUCAGAA